CCUCAGAUGCUGCAAUUGGAUCGAAGAUGAGAGGAGCCUCCCCCAGUCCAGUCGAGCCCAGGCACCGACUCUUCUCAACAUCGUUUCAAAGAAGUAAGGAUUCUAAAGAUGUUGAGAAGGCACUUCCUGUUCCCAUUCGACAGAGGAUUUUUAACUACAAGAUAUUUGCCUUCAAAGCGGUGCUGAUUAUUAUUUUUUUGGGAUGUAUUCUGACCAUCUUCCACUCUCCAGCAGUUUACAAUACAGAUCAUCCAUCCAAUUUUGCAUCUCGGUAUUUAUUUUGCCUGCCUGUUCCUUCCUUGUUCCGUUUAGAACUUGUGGGGAAGUCUGUUACAUGCAGGCCUGGUUUUGUAGAGAGAUGGAUAGGAGAUUCCUCUGAAGAUCCCCGCUAUAUAUCAAACUUGGAUAUAAAUUGGGAUCAGAUAUCAAAUGUUAUUGAGAAACUGACUGACAGGAAUGAGUACCAGGGGAUUGGUUUGUUGAACUUUAAUAUCAGUGAGAUUGAUCACUGGAAAGAGCUGAUACCAGAUGUUGAGCAUGUUUCUCUGCAGUUAGAGCAUGUCUCAGGUAAUGUUACUUGGGAAUCACUGUACCCUGAAUGGAUAGAUGAAGAAGAAGAAUUUGAGGUUCCAACUUGUCCUUCUCUGCCCAGUCUCCUGGUUCCUGGAAAACCACGAAUUGAUCUUAUUGCUGUCAAGCUUCCAUGCAUGAAGUCAAGAAGGUGGUCAAGGGAUGUGGCUCGGCUGCAUUUGCAGCUUGCAGCUGCAAGGCUUGCUGCCUCAGCCAAAGGGGUUCACCCAGUGCGGGUGCUUCUGGUGACUGACUGCUUUCCCAUCGCAAAUCUUUUUACUUGCAAGGACCUUGUUCUACGUGAGGGAAAUGUGUGGCUUUAUGAGCCAAACCUGCAUAAGUUGAGAGAAGUGAUAAGACUCCCAGUAGGGUCAUGUGAACUUUCAGUUCCUCUCAAAGCUAAAGAGUAUUUCUAUUCUGAAAGACCACACCGUGAAGCAUAUGCAACAAUCCUUCACUCUGCACACAUAUAUGUUUGUGGGGCCAUUACUGCAGCUCAGAGCAUCCGUAUGGCAGGCUCCACACGGGAUCUUGUGAUACUUGUUGAUGAAUCAAUCAGUGAAUAUCACAGAGGUGGCUUGGAGGCUGCUGGAUGGAAGAUUCAUACAAUCCAAAGAAUCCGGAAUCCAAAAGCUGAACCAGAGGCUUAUAAUGAAUGGAACUACAGCAAAUUUCGUCUUUGGCAGUUAACAGAUUAUGACAAGAUCAUUUUCAUUGAUGCUGACCUUCUUAUACUGAGGAACAUUGAUUUCUUAUUUGAGAUGCCAGAAAUAUCUGCAACUGGAAACAAUGCUACGCUAUUCAACUCAGGUGUGAUGGUGGUUGAGCCAUCAAAUUGUACAUUCCAGCUGUUAAUGGAUCACAUCAAUGAGAUUGAAUCCUACAAUGGCGGGGACCAAGGAUAUCUGAAUGAAGUCUUCACCUGGUGGCACCGGAUCCCAAAACACAUGAACUUCUUAAAGCACUUCUGGGAAGGUGAUGAGGAAGAGAUUAAACAGAAUAAGAUUCGUCUCUUUGGAGCUGAUCCCCCAAUCCUCUAUGUCCUUCAUUAUCUGGGUAACAAACCAUGGCUUUGCUUCCGUGACUAUGACUGCAACUGGAAUGUGGACAUUUUGCAAGAGUUUGCAAGUGAUGUUGCCCAUAAAACUUGGUGGAAUGUGCAUGAUGCCAUGCCAGAAAACUUACAGAAAUUUUGCUUGCUAAGGUCUAAACAAAAGGCAGCAUUAGAGUGGGAUAGGAGGCAAGCUAAGAAAGCAAAUUACACUGAUGGCCAUUGGAAGAUUAAGAUUAAAGACAAACGUUUGAAGACGUGUUUUGAAGAUUUCUGCUUUUGGGAGAGUAUGUUAUGGCACUGGGGUGAAAAGAAUUGGACAGAUAAUUCGACUGCCAGCCUUCCGCCACCUGCUAUUACUAAGGCAUCUCUUUCUUCAUUGUAACUUCUUUUUCUUUAGAUACAUUUUUAAGAUAAUAUACAGAGUCAACACCCAUGAAUUCCAAUUUCCAUCCAGUGUUCUUAACAUGUCUACAUUUUAACUUCCCUCGUUAUUCUCUGUAACUCAAAUCCAUUGUAAUGCCUUCAUUCAUCAUAUUAUUUAUACAAGUCUUUCCAAAUGCUAUUUUGUGGUGGACCCGUGAUUUGUAAUCCUAAUGGAAAACGAGGAGAAUACUUUCAAAGAAACCUCGUCAUAUCUU